AUGAACUACGUUAACGACUCGUCCCCUUUCAACGAUAACUUAACCGCUCCGUUCCACCAGCCUAUCGGCUUUGGUCCUCCUGUCUCCGUCUCUCCAUAUACCCACCCGGUUGGGCAGUAUCUUGUCGCCUACCCCUCGAGCGAAGUUGCCGCUUUCCCCGGCUUCUACCCUGGCCACUCUGGGCCCUUUGAAGACUAUGAAGAAUAUGUUGAGAAUUUGUCGCGACCUCGCUUGACUAAGGAGCAGGUUGAGACCUUGGAGGCGCAAUUCCAGGCUCACCCGAAACCUACAAGCAACGUAAAGCGCCAGCUGGCGGUACAAACUAACCUUACUUUGCCCCGAGUUGCUAAUUGGUUUCAAAACCGAAGAGCAAAAGAAAAACAACAGAAACGACAAAGAGAAUUCGAAAGAAUACAAGCUCUAGCAAAAUCCGACCAGGCGGAAAAUGAGAUUUUGUCUACCGAUCUAAAUUCGGGUUGCGAGUUGGACAACGGAUCGCCUUCUGAAGAAAUAGAUCGAACAACUACCCCGUCUGCAGAAGGCGAAGCCGCUGUGUCGCCACAGCAAACCAAGGCUACUUCCGGCAUAGCCAUAUCCCAAGAUUUACCGAAACCAGUGGAUCUAGCUGUGAAGGGAGCGGCUUUUUUACUUCCGAAAUUGGAUUUGGAUUUGCAUGACAAUCAUAGCGACUGCCACACAAGUAUACCAGGAAGCACGGAUCAAACACCAGAUUAUCCCACUCAGUCCACACCCUCAGAGAUCAAUGGGAGACGCUUAUCAAAUGUUUCGGAAUCUCAAUCAGUCUCCCCUCCACCGGUUUGGGUAAAUGUUUUUAACCAAGAUGGCGUUAUUGAUAAUCAGACUGGCCCGCAGCAGCACCUUUUCGACGCUUCUGGACCCUGGUUGCAAGAUUCGAAUAUCUCAGAGCAUUCUUUGUUUGGUGCAUCAUACAGCAGCACUUGUGGAUCUCGUUCAAUAAGAGAUUUCCUCACAGCCGAUAUUGCUAGUGAGCUCUCACAUAUGAGUUCUCACCGACCGGAGUCCUAUCGUUCGGAACCGAUUGAAUUCCCAAAUCAUACUACUCCGCACAGAACUAUAGCCCUAGCCCGCGAUAUUUCUGGAGGGUCUUUUCAAAGUCAGCAAAUGAUUUCCCCUAACGAUCAUACCUUCCCACGCCUUCGCGAUAAGAAGUUGGAUCUUGCAGCCCGUCGCAAACGACCGCGUCCCCCAGCUAUCGGUGUGGGGGCCCCAAAUCGUUCCCUCAUAGGUCCUUCGUCAAUGUCCCCAACCACAAGGCCACCCUCCCUUGGGGUUUCUCACUCAUUGCGACAUGUAAAGUCUUCUCAAGCCCUUGGGUCAAGCCUCAGCCCAAAAUAUGCGGGGGUACGGAAAAUCUCUGCACCGCUUCGCUCUCCAUUAGGGAUGCCAGCUGCGUUGGACGUCUCUGGAGCCUCUAGCUCUAACUCUGAUUUUGUUGUGUCGCCUCUGAUUACUACCACCAUCGCACCGCACACUCCGUUAACCCCAGAUGACCUGCAGUACCUUUUUCCGCCCACUCCAAACGACGCACAGUAUUGCCACUCUCCUACAGACGAAUUGCGGUGCGCGCGACUCUUCCCGGCCUCGUACAAUGCUGACGGACACUCGCCUCCAAGAACCCCAUACCAUCCUGAGAAUGCGUUGCAGCAGCAAUGUAAUUCCUUAAGUUCGCACCUAUCUGCAUCCUCGUUUGGGACGGCAUUUGAAAACCAUUCUCUCCCAGCGCCCCAGGAUUCCAUGACAAACCCGACAUGGUCUGAAACCAAUUUCGUCACAGAGACUCUAUCGGUACCCGAUAUUCAUGUGCCCAAAUCCACUCAUAUAUCACCCAUUACCCAAUCUAUUGCGGAACAGGCGGAAGUGACUACUAGGAACAAUUGGCCGGCUGCAUUUUCAUCUGUUUCCAGGUGGCAGUCGAAAGAACUGGGCUCCACCUUAUCAGAUCACGCUUCUGCCUCAUUUUCGCACCUGAAUCCCGAAUUCAUGAUCGAGGAGUUUCCAAAUCAACAAACCCGUCAUGACCCUUCGCAGCUUCUUAUCUCUGAAAAGCCGAAAGCUUAUACGUUUACUAACCAGACCCCAAACGAUUUUUAA